AUGAACGGGUCACCCGAUGAACUACUUCCCCCUCUUGCUAGAAGAUUGGACGGCAAGGUGGCCGUCAUAACCGGAGGCGCCAGCGGGUUUGGAGAGAGCACUGCGAGGCUCUUCGCGCGCCACGGCGCGAGCAUUGUCAUCGCUGACAUCCAGGAUGAGAAGGGCCUUUCCCUCUGCCGCGAGCUGUGCGGUGCCCACCCGGGCCGGGUCUCGUACGUCCACUGCGACGUCACCCGGGAGUCGGACGUGCGCGCGGCCGUCGACCUGGCGGUCUCGGCCCACGGCGGCCUCGACGUGAUGUUCAACAAUGCGGGAAUUCCCGGGAAGCUCGACUUUGCCAUCGCGGAGGCUGACGGGGACAACUUCCGGCGCGUGAUGGACGCCAACGCGUACGGGGCGUUCCUCGGGACGAAGCACGCGGCUCGAGUGAUGGUCCCGGCGGGGAAGGGAGUGGUGCUGUACACGUCGAGCCUGGCGUCGGUGACGGCAGGGGAGUCCCCGCACGCGUACGAGGCGUCGAAGCAUGCGGUGGUGGGGCUGAUGAGGAGCGCGUGCGUGGAGCUCGGGCGGUAUGGAGUGCGGGCCAACUGCAUAUCGCCGUGCGCGGUGGCCACGCCGCUGCUGACCGGGGCGAUGGGGGUGGGGGCGGGGGUGGUGGAAGGGAUCAUAGGGGCGUCGGCGACGCUCAAAGGGGUGGUGCCCACCGCGGAGGACGUGGCGGAGGCAGCGCUGUACCUGGCGGGGGACGGGGCGAGGUUCGUGAGCGGGGUGAACCUGGUGGUGGACGGAGGGUACAGCACCACCAACGGGAGCUACAGCCGGGAGAUUCAGAGCGUGUUUGGGUCGCCGCCGUCUUCGUGA